ACGGCAAAGAUUGUUUUAGUCCCAAUUUCAAUUUCAAUUUCAAUUUCAAUUUCAAUGCACUCUAACUACUAUUACUGUCUGAAACUGCAAAAUAAAAGCUAGAGAAACGAAGAGAGCGAGAGAGAAACAUAUCUUGAUUUCAUUAGAUGCAAUUGUUGGAUAUAAUGCAGAGAAUGCUCAAAUUGAAGCAUACAAGCUCAUUCAUGUCUUCCUCUUAUUGAGUCUUCUUCUUUUUAUGGCCUCUUCCCAACAACAUCGUUGCGUUUUUGUUGGAAAUAUACCUUAUGAUGCAACUGAAGAACAGCUUAUUCAAAUCUGUGAAGAGGUUGGCCCCGUAGUUUCAUUCAGAUUGGUUAUAGACCGUGAAACAGGAAAGCCAAAAGGUUAUGGAUUUUGUGAAUAUAAGGAUGAAGAAACAGCACUUAGUGCUCGCCGUAAUCUUCAGGGUUACGAGAUUAAUGGUCGGCAGCUGCGGGUAGAUUUUGCCGAAAAUGACAAAGGUGCUGAUAGAAAUCGUGAACAGCAGGGUCGGGGUGGGCCAGGAUUGGCUACAAGUGCUGAUGCUCAAAAGCAGGUAGGUGGCCCGGCUGUCAUUGGAGACGCAACAUUCCAUCAGCCAAUUGGCCUCCCAAUAGCUAUGACUGCUGCUUCUGUCAUGGCAGGAGCUCUCGGUGGUCCUCAGACUGGUCAGAUAAAUCAAAAUGGUGUGCAGAAUCAGUCAUUAGUUGGCAGUGACCCUUUAACGCAUCAUCUAGCCAAAAUGUCCAGGAGUCAGCUGAACCAAGUUAUACAUGAAAUGAAGGUGCUUUCUAUGCAAAAUAAGGAUCUCGCACGUCAACUUUUGCUUGUGAGCCCACAACUUCCAAAAGUUCUUUUCCAGGCACAGAUAAUGUUGGGUAUGGUGACACCACAAAUGUUGCAGAUGCCAAAUAUAAGGCAACAGGCCCCAAAUCCAACUGUUUCAACUCCCCAACCUUCUAUGCAACUUACCAUGCAAGGUCAACCCCCUGUUGUUCAAACCCUACCUGGGUUGCCCUCUUUUACUCCAUUAUCCUCUGUGUCUCAGAAUGCUUUGGCACAUAAUCAGUUCUUGGCACCCUUGCCACUGCAUCCACAAGCGCGAGCUCAGCAUCCAAAUUUGAACCAGAUGGUGACACCAUCUCAAAGUGUACUACCUGCACAUUCUGGGCCUCAGCCACUUCUAUCUGCACGUCCUCAACCUCUGGGUGGAUUGCAAAGACCACCGGUAUCUUCCUCUUUUAGACCUGGUCCACCAUUGCAGCAUGCAGGACAUGCUAGUAUGACAACCACUCAAAACACAAAUCUUCAGGCUCUCUCUCAAAGCCACCCUGUGUCAUCAGAUCCUGGAUAUCAGGUUGUCUCUUCUGUUCGCGCAGCUUCCGUGGAGGCAAUUAGGAAGGAUGCUCCCAUGCGUGUACAAACUGUUGGAGAUGCGACCUUGGUUAAAGGUACUAACACCUUGACGAACUUGGCGUCGUUAUCUGAUAAAAAAGAUUCUCAAGAUCUGAUGGUUCGUCCUUCGAAACUUCGGAAGUUGGAUAAUGACAAAGGUGCUUCCUUCUCAUCUGCUGGAUUAGUUGCACCAAGUGCCACUGUCACUGCAAGUAGCUCUGUUGCAGCUUUUCAAAGCUCUAAACUGGAAGCGCAGAACAUGGAGAAGCAAGCCCUGCAGCUUCCACCUGAUGUGGAGUCUGCCUUGUUGCAGCAAGUGCUCAACCUAACACCUGAACAACUGAGUUCACUACCUCCAGAACAGCAACAGCAAGUCAUUCAACUACAGCAGAUGCUCAGAUGAGCUCCAUGGACUUCUCUAAGCCAAAUAAUUUGAUGGGAGGGCCAUAAAUUGUUAUGGUGCGUGCACUAAAUGGAUCCUUAUCUUAGCAUCUCCAAGACCGUGCGUGGAAAAGGAUGCUAUCCGAUUCUUUGUAACAUUAACUUACGCUUCCAAGGAGGUCAAUCAGGUUUUGAGAUGCUUGAGAGCUAUCCAAUUCUUUGUAAUACUUGUCAGCAUUCAUAGAGAUAUAUGUGAAUCAACUACAAUUAUAUAUAGGAAAAAAGGUAAAUUUUUUGAGCAACUGUCUGGUUACUCAUCAAAUUUUGGUAGCACUCUUUCCUUUCUUUUACGUUUUGAGAUCAUGGACUCAUAGUAUUCCACAGAACGCCAAUUUUGGUUACCUGAGGCAAUCUUUCCCUCA